AUGCAAGUGAUGAAAAAUAAAUCUGUUGCAUUAGCCCCCGAGGUGCAAUAUUUAUCUUCCUCUUUUUAUCUAUCUAUCUAUCUAUCUGUGUAUAUGCCUGUUUCUAAUUAUCUGUAUAGCUGUCUAUCUAUUUAUCUAUAUAGCUAUCUAUCUAUCUAUCUAUAUAGCUAUCUAUCUAUCUAUCUAUAUAGCUAUCUAUCUAUCUAUCUAUCUAUCUGUGUAUAUGCCUCUAUCUAUCUAUCUAUCUAUCUAUAUAGCUAUCUAUCUAUCUAUCUGUGUAUAUGCCUGUUUCUAAUUAUCUGUAUAGCUGUCUAUCUAUUUAUCUAUAUAGCUAUCUAUCUAUCUAUCUAUCUGUGUAUAUGCCUGUUUCUAAUUAUCUGUAUAGCUGUCUAUCUAUCUAUCUAUCUAUCUGUGUAUAUGCCUCUAUCUAUCUAUCUAUAUAGCUAUCUAUCUAUCUAUCUAUCUAUCUAUCUGUGUAUAUGCCUGUUUCUAAUUAUCUGUAUAGCUGUCUAUCUAUUUAUCUAUAUAGCUAUCUAUCUAUCUAUCUAUAUAGCUAUCUAUCUAUCUAUCUAUCUAUCUGUGUAUAUGCCUGUUUCUAAUUAUCUGUAUAGCUGUCUAUCUAUUUAUCUAUAUAGCUAUCUAUCUAUCUAUCUAUAUAGCUAUCUAUCUAUCUAUCUAUCUAUCUGUGUAUAUGCCUCUAUCUAUCUAUUUAUUUAUAUCUAUGUAUCUAUCUAUCUGUGUAUCUGUAUAGCUGUCUAUCUAUCUAUCUAUAUGCCUGUUUCUAAUUAUCUGUAUAGCUGUCUAUCUAUCUAUCUAUAUUCUAUCUAUCUAUCUACUAUCUACCUAUCUAUCUAUAUGCCUAUUUGUCUAUUUAACUAUAUAGCUAUCUCUCAGUCUAUCUAUCUACCUAUCUAUCUAUAUGCCUAUUUGUCUAUUUAUCUAUAUAGCUAUCUCUGUCUAUCUAUCUACCUAUCUACCUAUAUAGCUAUCUCAUCUAUCUAUCUACCUAUCUACCUAUCUAUCCAUCUAUAUAGCUAUCUCUCAGUCUAUCUAUCUAUCUAUCUGCCUAUUUGUCUAUUUAUCUAUAUAGCUAUCUCUCAGUCUAUCUAUCUACCUAUCUAUCUAUAUAGCUAUCUCUCAGUCUAUCUAUCUACCUAUCUACCUAUCUAUCUAUCUAUAUGCCUAUUUGUCUAUUUAUCUAUAUAG